AUGGACGGCUUUGGGGCACCCAGUCAUCGACGAUAUUUUGAUGUCGCAAUCAUCUGUGCACUACAGGUCGAGGCAGACGCGGCAGAGAACCUUUUCGACCAUUUCUGGGACAGGAAUGGAGACCAAUACGGAAAGGCAGAUGGAGACCAAAAUUCGUAUCGGACGGGGGUAAUCGGCAAUCACAAUGUAGUGUUGGCGUAUAUGCCUGGCAUGGGGAAAGGUAAUGCAGCAAGUGUCGCGGCUAGUUUUCGAUCCAGCUUCCAGGGCAUUCGACUAGCCAUCAUUCUUGGGAUAUGUGGAGGAGUUCCAAACGGGACCAAGGACGGCAUUUUUCUUGGCGAUAUCAUUAUUGGCAGCGACCUCGUGAUCCAUGAUCUGGGUAGGAAACUACCCGGUUGUUUCCGCCGCAAAGAAGGAAUCACGGACCCCGCUAUGAAUCUUGAAGUUCGAGCGUUCUUGCACAAGUUGUCAAGCCAAAGGGGUCGUGGAACCCUGAAAGAAAGAACCCACUUCCACCUCGGCACCCUGCAAGGACGGGCUAACGGCUAUUGCCGCCCUAAAGACGACCAUUGUAAAAAGGCUCACGAUGCCCCAUGCGAGGCUCUAGGAUGUGACCCAGCAAAACUGAUUCAUCGGUUUCGUCCAUCGCCGAACCAGAUUAGCAUCCACUUCGGGCGGAUCGCCUCGGGAGACACAGUCAUGAAGUCUGGAGUGGAUAGAGAUAGGAUCGCCUCUCGGGAUACUAUUAUCGCCUUCGAAAUGGAGGGCGCAGGCAUUUGUAAUAAUUUGCCUUGUAUUGUGGUGAAGAGCGUCUGUGACUAUGCUGACAGCCACAAAGACAAGGCUUGGCAGGAGUACGCCGCUGGGGCAGCAGCAGCGUGUAUGAAGUCUCUGCUCGAACAAUGGGCAGCAGUAGAUCAUCUCGAUAAGAGACAUGAGAUUCACAAGGUACCAGUACAGGUAGCCGAGCUAUGCAGUUUCAAUAAUUCACCGCAAACUCCCUCAUCAAAUGGUGACGAGGCAAACAAUUCGCAGAGGUAUCAUGAAGAGACAAGUACAGAUAUAUUGAAAGGUAACACUGCUUUUCCCUCUUGGAGCUUUGGCCUUUAUCUAACCCUUGCAGUUUUGUCCACAACUAAAUCGAACUUCAAGAGUGCGAUUGACUGUCUGAAGAAAUAUCGAAAAUUUUUACCUCGAGAUACCGAUCUCAAAAGAAUAUUGAAAAAUCAGCGCCUGAUUAUGACCGAUAUCUUGGAAUAUUUGGAAACGGACAUCUCAGUCUCGGUCGAUGAGCAUCUUGGUUCAUCGAAGGAAACUUGUCUACAGCUAGCUGCGGAAAUUAAGAGGAAGCUGGAAGAAAUUGAAAUCAUCACGAACGGUCUUCUUGCUACCACGAAGGCUAAAGUCCAGUCUGAAAGUCCACUCAAGAAUGCUGUGGAAGACCUAGGUUCUAUUGUUGGGGUCCUUCGAUCUGAAAUCUCUCGAGAACAAACACCCCGAUCAUCAGAUGAAGCGAGAAUGACCAGGACUGUCAUAGAGCACUACGAAUUUCAGCAAUUUCGCAUUGUUCAACAAGCUGCUUGCAAUCUCUACGAUGCCUUUAGGACAGCUUGCCAUGCCCACUCUGUCCAUGAUGUGCAUCUGUCUCUCAAACCGGACCUCAAGGGAACGUUGACCCAGGUGCGCUUCAACUUAGCCUUAAUCCAGGACCCCAGUGUCACGACUACAGGAAAGGCAGUAUGGAUUAGUGUAGAGUCAAGUAUUAAGCCCAGCGAUGAUAGCUUCCAGUCAUCGUUUUCGACAUUUUCAACACCAUCUACUUCACAAAAGCGUUCGAGAGUAUGCGAAGAAGGACCUUGUCCACCAAGGAUAAAGCGCGUACAAUUUCAACAAUUGGAGGCCAUCUCAGGGCCUGUGCAAGCAUCCUCUCAAGAGAAGACCCCUAUCACAAUUCCCAAACUUUUUUUACAGCGCAACCUCUGCACUCUCGUUCAGAGAUCUCUCUGUCAAGGAGGCUCUGGGGGCUGCAUCGGACUCCUCAGAGACGAUGAAACAUGCAAACACUUGGCCUACAUCGAUACUCAAACAAACAGCAGCACCACAUCUGCCUCAUCACUCGCCCAAUUGUUAUCCCGCUCAGCAUCAAAGCCUACCAGAGACAUGGGUCCCUACGAGUGCGUUCAACUAGCAAAGUACCUGGCCACAGCCGUCCUCUACUACCACGCUACCCCCUGGCUCCAAAAGGCAUGGCGAAGCAACGAUGUGCAUUUUUUGGGAGACCACGAGUCUCUCCUCCAGCAGACUCGACAGGCAUUACCAUACAUCACAACGUCAAUCCAAGCCUCGGCCUCCGUGGACAGCACAAACACAGAAUCAUUUGUAUACCGCCAACUCAUACGAAACCCUGUACUCUUUGGCCUUGGCAUUAUGUUCAUCGAACUCACACAUCAAGUUCCCAUCACAGCUCUCGAAGAACACGUUGACCAGGUCAAGGGGGGGACACGAGACUUCGUGGAAUAUUUCACCGCAGACCGGUUAGUUACACAUAGCAACCAGAUCGUGAGCAAUGGUUUUCGGGAGAUCAUUAGGAAAUGCCUGCAUUGUGACUUUGGUCACAAUAGUGAUUUUUCGAGUCCGGCGCUUCAAGAGGCGUUUCAUCGGGAUGUUAUUCUAUUGUUGGCCGGUAAACAAGUUAUCACCACUAAAGCUUUGGCGGUGAACCCAGCAAAAAGUCUUUCAAUGUAUAUGGGUCCUGGGAUUCGAGAACGACGGUAUGCAUUUGCGCCCCCGACUGGAGAGGAGCUUGGUCCGGCGCUAUGGUCCCAUGGUUAUAGGCAGAAGCUGGUGCUGGGCCCCGAAAGUCGGACUCUUGAUGGCUAA